AUGUCUAACAUACUCUAUCAAUUCGACCCGGAUGGCGAUGUGACAUUCAUCAUUGAGCGUGCUCCAAAAUCCCUGCCGCAGAGCUUGAGUGAUCUCAACGCUUCUCUCCUCUCGAAGAGCUAUGCUAGUCGGUUAGAUCCCGCCAAAACCUCUGGAUUAUCUCUGCACAUUCGUGCGUCCUCAAAGCAUUUAAUUCUAGCCAGCCCACAGUUCAGGGCCACAUUCCAAAAUGGAUUCCAGGAGGGCAAUGAGCUCCGAUCUGCGGGCCAUAUAGAGAUGCGAAUCGGUGACUGGGAAGCUGUGCCGUUUCUGCUCCUGAUGGCUAUCUUGCACGGGCGGACUCGGUUAGUGCCUCAAAGUCUGUGUUUGGGCUGGCUGACAAAGAUGGCUGUACUUGUUGACUACUACCAAUGCUACGAAGCUGUCGCCAUGGCUUUUCUAAAGGAUCAAGCCUUUAAAUUCGUAACGAAGCACAUCCAGCUAGAACACACAGAAAAGGUCUUCGCAAAUAAUCUGGCAAUCCCUGCUAAGGUCAUAGCUACCCUGCAGACGUCGAGGGAAACAAGAAUUUGCAAUGUUAUGGACGCUCUUUACGCCCUAUUCCAUCACUUGCGAUAUGGCCCGCAACUAUGUAGCUUCGAAUGCGAUAUGAUGCGCCUGGUAGCGCUUACCAAAGGAAUGCAGAAGUUUGGAAUACUUUCAGAAACGCCUCAGCGACCAGCUGUUGGAUACAGUUUCAUGAAGCUGAGAGCCGCGUGUCUUUCCAUGAACAGAGAUCACACUCAUUGCUGUAAGCUGAUGCCAGAGGUUCUCAAAGUGUUGGGCGAGGAAUAUAACUCACUGAACCGUGGCCUCACCCUUGGAUCCUUUGCUCCUCAGGGACAAAAGCCUUAA